UCUUAUUGUGUUACGUGUUUGCUUAUAAUGAUUGUAAUUAAAGUUUGUUAAUUGACAAUUGGUAUAUAACGGAAUAAAAUCCACAUCAAUACAGAUGUGAGUGUUUUUUGUUGUCGUAAAACGUAAGUACUAAUUUACGAUAUACCGUAUCGCGGUCGGUUUGAAAAUAUACAAAAUGUUGCAGCGGAAUGUAAACAGUAACAUGAAAGGUUUAAAAUUACACGAUUCCAAUCAAUUUGGACAACGAUCGAAAGAAAUACGGGCAGUUGGAGCGUGGGUUCAACCAGAGACAGCAUAUUAUGGACAUCACUCUGAAGCCGUGGUUUCUGCAGAGGUCGAACAACACAGGAUGGAGAGGAAACUUCGAGAAAAGGAAGAAAGACUACGCAGGUUCCAGAGUGAUGUCCGUAACAGAGUACGGACUCUGAACAAAUUGAAAAGACAACAACAGUUGGAGAAAUCAUCAGUGGCUGUGGAGCUGGAGAGUGACAUUGUUAAACAGAGCACAUUUGCAGCAGAGCGUCACACACCCAGAAAAGACAGGUGUUCUGUGAGAGAUGAGGGACACCUGAGGAUUAACAUGAAGCCAGCACUGUCCACACAAGGUGGAGUGAUCAGGACCCCAGGGGCGGGAGGAGAUGCUUUUGAAGAGCAGCUCCACCAGGUCCACAAGUACAACAGACAGGCCAGGAGACAGCUCUGCUCUAGGAAGGUGAUCACGGAGCAGUUUGUACCCGAUGACCUCCCUGGAGGAGUGUGGAAGGUGUCCUCUACUCUGGAUCACCCAGCCACAAGAAGUACUAUACCACCUGAAGUAUUUGACAUAGAGGAAGACGAGGAUGAGUUUGUGGAGUAUGGGGAAAUACCAGAGCCAGAUAGAGCGCUGUCCCCAGACCCCCUGCGUGGUAAGCUGGUACGCUUUGAUCUUCAACAGCCAACAGAAGAAACUAGGAAAGACAGAAUAGGUAGAAAAAGUGUAACACAGAUCUCAGGCAGCGACAUCCACAGAAAUGUCCCCAAUAUUUACCCCGGGGUUUUGUCCGAGGAGGACAAGAAGAGAGCAGUGACACAGAGAGCCAUGUACAGGAGGCUCUUCAUGGACAUAGAGAGGGAGCAAGUGAAGGAAAAUCUCAGGAGGAAAGAACACAGGGUUAAAAUAGCAAAGUUAAAGAAAGAGAAAGAAGAAAGUCGACGAAGAGAGGAGAAUAGGUCUUACUACCUCAUAGAGCCCAAAGAUCCAGUCACAGGUGAGACACAAGAGGAAGCCUUCAGGAGAGAGGUGGAGAUGGAGAGACAAGCCCAGGAAGCACUGGAACACAUCAGCAGACACAAACAGAAACAGAGAGAAAUGAACAGAUACCUGGAAGCAUUGAAACGCAGUAUAAAGGAGAAGAUAGAGAGGCGUGGCAUUGUUCUCCCUCCACUGUGUUGCUGUGGAGAGACUGUGUGGGACACUCACCCAGACACCUGUGCUAACAACUGUGUGUUCUACAAAAACCCAAAAGCAUAUGCCAAGGCGUUGCAGUCGCUCCUGGUGUCAUGUGACGUGGUAUUAUAACAGCAGCCAAUCAGUGAAGGUCUUUGUGGUGAUACCAAGAGAUAACAGUCUGUGCCUAAGACUUUGAAGCCUAUUAGCCUGUAGGACAUCAGGAUCAGGGUAUAGAAAUCCACUGACUCAAACCAGAAGCAGAACCAGUGGCCAGAAACUGCACAAAUCUACUGAGUUUGACUGACUCAGCUGCAGUUUUACACGCAUAUGGCCUGGGGGCUGUAGGUUAAUGUUGCAUGCUGAAAUGGCAGUCUUCAAUGAGCAAAUCUGACUUGUUUCUGCUUAUGAAUUUAGGAGCAGUGUUGCAUUUACUCGUGGCUCAGGACAGAGUCAGUUUGUGUCAUGCCAGGACAUCUGUUUGGUACAAACAGCUGUGAGAACAAUUAGUUGACCACAAGGCAAGACAUACUUGGCCGUUUUCACAAUCAAGUGGUCAAGAGAAUAUUUGAUUGACCACAAGGCAAGCAUACUUGGUUGUUUUCACAAUCAAGAGAAUAUUUUGUUGACCACAAGGCAAGAUUUACCUAGCUGUUUUCUCAAUCAAGCGGUCUACUGAUACAUUUUCAUGUAUAGAAAAUUUAUACAUAGAUGGCUUAUAUGUAAAAGAGUCAGCUAAACUAACAAAAUCAUCCAGCCAGACAUAUUUGUGUGACAGAUAGCAUAGUCAUUACAGAAGUGAGGCACUGACUUGUAAAACAUUCAGAUGAGCAGCAAAUGUGAUCCGUCUUGGCACCAGCUUUUUUUUUU